AUGCGCCCAGUGACGCGAUCGCCGCUCCUCGUCGCCGCCGCUGUCGUGGUGGCGACCACGCUGUGCCUCAACAGUGACAACGCUAUCCUGUCCCUGUCCUCUGGUGUGCGGCUGGCACGCGCGGAUGGCCCCAUCACGAAGGAGCAGUGCCUCAUCCUUAACCCGAAGCCGACCGUCACGUCCUGCACGGCGUACCUGCCGCCUAUUGUCGAUGUAUACGGAUUUCUGCCUUACGACAAGACGCCGGCCUACAUGAAUUGCGUAAAGGAGCGGUGCCUUUGCACGGGCGCCGCGACAAGUAUGGACAUCAAGACGAGCGGGUUCUACUGCAACAGUUCUGGGUGGAUGGAGAGCGGCUACACAACGUGCAACGUGUUGGUCGACUGCUUCUCCAAGUUUUGGCGGUGCAUGAACAGUGCAAUCUACAUGCGCUACGUUGACAGCCGCGAGAAGCUCGAUCAGGCGGAAAUAAAUAUUAUGGCGGACAUAGUCGCCCACGGCAACCGCCCUGGUGAGCCGUUCGACAUCACCGAUGUGUUCCGCUCGUGCCGUCUGAUGAUGUGCGCUGCCGCGCACUCGCGCCAGAACUGCGGCCUCGUCACGUGUCUGCCGAACUACACCCAGUGCGACGAGUACAUCCACCCUCCGCCGCUGCCGUAUACACGUGAACUGUGCACGCAGGGAUGCCGUGCCGUCUUGCUUAUGAUGGCGCUGACGAUCGCCGCGGUGUCCUUCUCUGCUUGCUGCUUCUUCUUCUGCCCGGCACAGGUGCGCAUGAGCGAGCCCCUGCUGAAGGAAGAAGCGCCGGCGAGGGGGCCCGAGUCGAACUCCAUGCAUAGCGAGGUGGACACGCAGGAGAGGCGGCGAUGGAUUGGCGAUUCGUGCACGCAGUAG